AUGAAGGUAUCUACAUUAACAUUAGCCUUAGCUCUUGCAGCUUCCAUCAAUACUGCCGCUAUUGAAAACGUUGACAAGAAGGUCUUGAUCAAAAGAGAAGACGAACCAGUUGAGGGGACAUCUGCUGAUGUAGAAGGACAAACUGCUGAAGCCGAGGGAGAAGCUGAAGGAGAAGCUGAAGGAGAAGCUGAAGGUGAAGCUGAGGGUGAAGCUGAAGGAGAAGCUGAAGGUGAAGCUGAGGGUGAAGCUGAAGGAGAAGCUGAAGGUGAAGCUGAGGGUGAAGCUGAAGGAGAAGCUGAAGGAGAAGCUGAAGGAGAAGCUGAGGGUGAAGCUGAAGGAGAAGCUGAAGGAGAAGCAGAAGGUGAAGCUGAGGGUGAGGCAGAAGGUGAAGCAGAAGGUGAAGCUGAAGGUGAAACAGAAGGAGAAGCUGAAGGAGAAACUGAAGGAGAAGCUGAAGGAGAAGCAGAACCUGAAGCAGAACCUGAAGCCGAACCUGAAGCUGAACCUGAAGCUGAACCUGAAGCAGAAGAAGAAGCUGAAGUUGAACCAAUUCCAGAAGAACUUGUAAAUGGCGGAAAUUCACUCCACUUUGGAAUGGCUGCUGCUGCAGUAGCUGUCGGUGCUUUCUUGAUUUAA